GAAGGCGUAGUAUUUUGAAACGAAAAAUGUAAACAGUCGGAAGAGCCGUGCAAUUUCUGCGUACUGGGGUAGUUUUGAAACAAUUCGUGCGAAAAAUGUGAUUCGCCUGAGAGAAUAAGAAGCCCAUUCGCCAAUUGGACUUUGAAAUUGAUUUGUAUCUUUUCUGGAGGAGGCGCGAUGCAGUUCGUGACGUCCCUGUUCAUCUUCCUGGUGCCGACCCUGUCGCUCAUCUUCCUGCAGUACCUGCCGCAAAUCCUGUCCAGACUCCUCUACAAUUCCUCCUCGAGUCCUGCUGCGGCGAGGAAAUCCUCGUCCACCUUGGACCUGCUGAGGUCUUCCUCGACGGUGUCGCCCUCGUCGGUGUGGUGUUGCGAGUGCAACCGCGGCCAAAGGUGCUGCGACUUCCGCAACCUCUACUUCUUCCCUCAGGAGCGAACCUUCGGCUUCGUCCUGACCGACGCGUCCGCCGUCCACGGCCUGACCUCCGCCGAGGACAUGCAGCGGCUCCUGGUCGGCUCCGUCGUCAACCACACCCAGUUCUUCCUGCCCCUGGUCGUCUUCACUGACCUCGACCCUGUCCUCAAAACCGUCAAGACCAUUUUGAGGGAGAAGCUGUUUCUGCUCAAAAGGUUCAAGCCGGACAACGUGAUGCACGCCGUGCACGACGACCUUCUGCCCUUGUUCUCCAGGUUCGAAACCCUCUGCAGCAGAGACGUGGAAACUUGCUCAAAAACUAUCCUCCUCACUCUCCUUGAUAAUAACCUUCAAGAUGUGAACAGUGCCUGGUACAGUUUGCUGUCUGCACAACGAAUUUUUAAAUUGUCCGAGUUGAAGGAGCCAGUUUUGAUCUCGGAAGUCUACACCGGACUGCCCGGAAGCACCGUCGUUUUCCAGUACGGCUUCGGCCAGCCCCAGGGUGCUGUUUCUCAGGCCGGAAAUUCGGUCGGAAUUUACCAGCGUUUUUCCCAAUUUGUGAAAAACCGGCUCAAGAUUAAACAUGAGCAGCAAGAACCGGACACUUUCAAAGUAGUUCUGAUCUCUCGGAAGGAGACGAGGAAAAUUCUCAAUGAAGAGGAGGUGUCCAACUUUGUGAUCAGUUCUUUCCAAAACACGUUCGGCUUCAGCACCAACAUCGAUCUGCAGCUUUUCGACCCCAGUGGGGAGUCGGUCCACGAGAUGGUUGAUACUUUUGGCAAGGCCGACUUCAUCAUCGGCAUGCACGGGGCGGCCACUUUUCUGGCCGGGGUCUUCAGCAGGCCAAAUGCAAGCAUCGUCGAAAUGUUCCCUUUCGGAAUCAACCCCACAGCAGUGUCUCCCCUGCAGGCACUCUCGGAAAUCAAAGGAGCGUGGUUCAGUUACGUCUCGUGGGAAAACAAAGAUCUGAGAGCGUCGGUGCCACCUUCGGAGGAAGCGCCCAGGCUGCUCGGAGGUCUCGCACAUUUGUCCGAGGAGGAAAGAAAAUUUGCUAAAAAGUUGAUUCCGGUCCCCGCCGUCUACUGUUGCCACAACGCCACGUAUCUGUACAGGAUGUUUCAAGACACCAUAGUCGGACCGAGUGUCCAGUACUCGAUAUUGAAAGCAAUAGAGUUUCUGCGGAGAGGACGAGCCGAGAGUUGGACGCACACGUUUUUGGUUCCGAGCGGCGUCCGGGACUUGGUGUGCCUGAGUGAGGCCGAGGGCACCAAAAUGUUCUGGAAAGCGCCUCUCAACGUUCAUUCAAUGCGGCGCAAAGAGUUUCUGAAGUUUGAAAUAUCGGCGCGGUCGGUGGUCGGCGACCUGUACGAAGUGACCGAGACCAAACUGUUCUCCGAGUUCGAGGACCAGGUCAUCAGAGAGGCGUGGGUGCGCGCCUGCACCCUCGACACUUGCGGCAAAGACGCCUACGUCCUUUGCAAGUGAAAGAAAAAAAACUAUCAACCGUCAAGAAGGAUCUCCAUCUGUUAUAAUCGUUUUUGCACAAAUUUCUUAAUAAAUAUUUAUUGCACACAAUCGCUGUUAUAUAAAGAAUCGCGAGAGCAUUUUUU